AUGCGACAAGAUGGCUACGCCUGCGACGCCGGACGGACGGACGUGACAGCCAUUUCUUCACUCGGAGAUUUGCCCGCCACCACCAAGAGCUCGCGACCGACAAUCCGACUAAGUGCGACCAUGUCCUAUCCCUCCCGCCGACGCUCCUUGUCCGAAAGCAGCUGCCGGAACUUGUUCGCUAGGGCCACAAAGACGAUCGAGAACGAGCCAGCUCUUAGUCUGCCACAGGACGGGCAGGUGGACAACCAGUCGUCUGUUGUACUCGGUGACAGGAGGUUCGCAGCGCUCGAGCAGCGCUCCAAGUCCGAGACCUUCAUCUGCACGGCCAAAGGCGUCGUGUUCCAAGACACCAAGUGCCAAAAGUACCAGAGCAAGCUCAAUAGCCUCAUGGCUCUAGCUGCGGACUCGUCCAGUUCACAGAGCAACGUGCUACUGGCCCAGAAGGCGCUUCGGUACCGCAAAGUGCUCGAGCGCCACUGUUUGGUGCUGCGAAGCGGCGACCUGUAG